AUGAGCGUGGAGGAGGGAGGGAAGGCGUCUCUUUCCGAGAAGAGCAAUGGACUCUCCGCCCAAGAGGAACUCCGGCAGCUGCAGGAAAAGACCAACGCAUGGAAGCAGUCGGUUGCCAUUCAACUAGGCGAGGCGGCAAAGAAAAAUAAGCAGCUGCGUGAUGAGCUGAAGGAGGCAGGGAACAACCACGAGAAGGAGAUGUCGGCAUUACGUGUUCAGCUCGACAAGGAGUUUCGUGAGCGGACAAAUUUGAAGGAUGAGGAAAUUAGUAACUUGCAGCGAGAAAUGACACAACUUCGAGAGGAGAAACGGCGUAUGGCGGAGGAGCACAAAAGGGUGUUGGAAGAGACAGCCAUACGUGUGCGUGAAAACAGCCAGAGGGAGAACGUGUCGAAGACAAGGACGGAUUUGGAACAACGUGAGGCGGAGUUACGACAGCUUCGGGAUAUCAUAGAGCAAAAAGAAAGGGCGCUUGCACAGGCAGAACACGAGGCGACAGUGACGAAAACCAGCCUCGAUCGGUUGGGAGAACAAUACAGGGAGUUGUUAAGUAUUAUGACCCAUGACGAGGGUCAAUCAGUUAGAGACGAAGAUGCAUCUGACGGCAGAUCUGCGUCACAGCACAUAGUCAAUUGGAGCGAUGCAGCACAUCGGCAACAGUUGGAGACUGCACGCUCGGAGCUGCGCAGCCUGGAGGAGAGGUGUGCUGAGAAGCUUCGAGAGGCUCAAGGGGUGCACGAAACAGAACUGCAGCGGUUGAUGGAAGACGUCUACCAACGCGAGGAGCAACUCAUGACACUGCAGGCACUCCUGCGACAGGCGCAACAUGAGGCCGAAACGGCAAACCAGCGCAUUACUGCUUCAAGGGCAGAGAAGGAGCGGUCGGAGCAACGCCUUGCUGAGAAGGUGGCGGCACUGAGUAAGGAACUGGCAAAUCGAAUGGAACAGUCUCAGCAGCUCAGCGUUGAGGUGGAACGUCUGCAACGAGAGGUGAGUUCGCAAGAAGCAGUUGUACAUAGUCUGGAGGAGGAGGCUCGCAUCCGGGAGGAGGCAUUCACAUCGUUGACUCUUUCAGAGGACAAUCGUCACCUUGUACAGGGGCUUCAGGAGGCACUGCAGAAGAGCCGUGAAGAGGCUGAACUCUGGCGCAGUAGGUACGAAGAGGUCAUGCAAGAAACGACAAAUAAAUCUGUUUUUGUGCCUUUUGGAGGGGGAGGAGGAGGGGACAGCAGCACAGAUAGAUUUGUGUUAUCUGAAAUUGCGCAACGCGAGGAGGCUUUGGCCACAGAAGCUGCUCGUCUUGAGUCAAAGGCGAGACUUCUGAAAUCUACGGAGGCACGGCUAGAAGAACUCAAAAGGUCAAUUGCCUCACAGGCGAAUUUUAUCCUGCAGCAUCGUGAAAGUGUUGAUGAUGUACACCGGAGGGAUACUGAAAGAAUUGAGAAGGAACGUCGAGGAGGAUCAUUUUUUGCUUCUCAACGACGGUACCUGCAGAUGAUACGGGAACAACAAGGGGACACGUUUUUUUUUCUACUAAGACGUUUAGCAUCGUAUUUUGUUUUUAUGCGGUUGCGUGUGGCCCUACCGCUGUUACUUUUUAUAGUCUGCACUUUUCUCAUUUUUUUUUCAAGUCGACGUUAG